GUGGGGAAGCUUGGGCUGUGGAUACAAGUACAGUAGACGACUGGAAGGUGCGUUUACACUCAAUUAUUGAACAUUAUGAUCCUUGUAAUAUUUUUAACCUGGAUGAGACGUCAUUAUUUUAUAAAUUAAUGCCUGAUCGAUCGUUAGUUAUCGAUAGAAAUGAUUGUCGUGGUGGGAAACGAUCAAAAGAUCGUUAUACGGUUAUGUUGUGUUCGAACAUGCUUGGAAGUGAAAAACUAAAACCUGUUGUAAUUGGAAAAUAUGCUAAACCACGCUGCUUCAAAAAUAUUGAUAUGAAAAGAUUACCAGUACAAUGGUUUAGCAACCGAACUGCAUGGAUGAAUUCAAAGAUCUUUACAGAAUGGUUGGAAGAUCUCGAUGUGUCUAUGAGAAAACAAAAAAGACAUGUCUUAAUGUUUCUUGAUAACGCACCAGUUCACCCGCAAGAUAUUCAAUUGGAAAAUAUUAAAUUAAAAUUCUUUCCACCAAAUACAACUGCCAUUAUACAACCUAUGGAUCAGGGCAUAAUUAGAGCAUUCAAAGCUCAUUAUCGACGUUAUUUGGUGAAGCAUAUCAUUGCUAAUGCAACUGUUGCCAUGACAGCCGAUGAUAUUAGUGUAACAGCUUUGGAUGCUGUAUACUGGAUCGAUGCUGCAUGGAGUGCGGUAACUGAAGUCAGUAUUAGGAAGACAUUUAUAUUAGCUGGUUUUGAAAAACUUCCUAUAAUUGAGGGAGUUGAUGGGUUUCCGGCUAAUUUAGGUGUCAAUGGAGAUAUAUCAAUGGAUUAUAAACCCAUUGAGAAACUCGAUCGAGUACUCAAACAUUUAAUGAUUGGUGGAAAAUCAGUUUCAGCCUGUGAUUAUGUUAUCAUUGAUGAUCAAAUACCAUCAUUUAACGAAUGGGAUGAUUCAACUGAUAGAAUUCUAUCAAUUAACGGACUUGCAAAUGACGAUGCAGAAAAUUUGGAAGAAUUACCAAGUGAAGAUCCACCAUCAUUAGUUGAAUCUUUAGAAUUAGUUCGUCGUCUUCGACUUUUAUCUACAACACAACAACCAGAACUUCAUCCAUUUAUUACUCAAUUACAAUCUAAACUGACUGAUGUUUUUCUCGAUUCCAAUUCAUCAAAACAAAGAUCCAUCUUAGAAUAUUUUAAAUAUACACCUGAUCCACAUACUUAA